CCUCCAGUAAGAACCCAAAAGACUAGAAUUUUUAUUUGAAACAAAGUAUCCAAAGUCCAAGUUGAGUUUGAUAAUUAUUUUACCUAGAUUAAAAAUGACGUUUUACUCGACCAUCCUUUUUUACGAAGUCUAGUGCGAUUUCGCUAGACUCUUGUAAUUUUCAUACCAAAUAGAUCUAAUCUAAGUCGAUGAAAUCAGUCGAAAUAAUUAAGACAGCAAUCAGUCGCUAUCAGCCUCAAUUUCCUCGAAGAUAAGUCCAAUUUUCGGAUAUCAGUCAAGUAGAACGUAAAGUGAAGAAACAAAAAACACAGGUCAAGAGGACUCGAUCAUAAAACUUAAUAUGUUUAGCGUUGGAGAGAACGGAAUAAACUUGUCGCACUAUAGCUAUAUUCUUAAUCUAGAAGUUAUCUUUCAUGUGGAUGAUUGCAUAUGUCUCUUGGCCUUCGCGUUAUAAAGAAGCAAGAUUCAGUCGCCGAUGAAAGCGGUCAUGUUCUGCGGAAAGACAACACGAAAAGCUGUCAAUAAGUAAACAGACACCUGUCGUUCAUAUUCUCCAAGCACACCUGGCAAUCUGUGGCCUGUUUACCUCAAAGCUGAAUUUCUACACGCCACAAAAAUCUUAGCUUAUUCAACAAAAAUCGCUGAAAAUCAAAUGGAUCUUUUUGAUACUAUCAUUGUGAGGCUUAUUGCUUACAGCAAUCUGACCACCUGCUGCCAUUGUGGAAGAAAAAAGAGCAAAUUAUCUCAAUUGUGUCGUCAUCUCUCCCCUGCGGUCCAGUUUCAAAUGGAAAUCAGUCUGGAGCCAGAAAAAAUGGAGAAAGAGAAUUUACUUAGACUCUGAGGGCCAGUUGCAACAGUCUCGCUAUCCUGCCAUACCCCUGAACGCUCCGAUCUUUCGAUGACCAGGCUUUUCCAUUUGGUGGUUUUUGCACAGCUCUUGGCGGCUUUGAUUCUUAUGGCUGCACAAUUUUAUUUGUUAUCAUUGCAAGACCGGCAGGGGCCGAUACCUGCCCAAACAAGGCGGGUUCGUGCACUGAACCUUUCACAUGGGCGUGGAAAACGAGGAAAAGAGGAACAAUCGCAUAACGAGGUGACAAAAUCCCGUGUACAGACUUCAAGGCGUUUAUACUUGACUUAUCAACCUCCGGAUGGCGGGUGGAAUAAUCACCGUAUUGCCCUUGAAAAUGCACUUAUCAUAGCCAAGUUGCUCAACAGAACAUUAAUCGUGCAUCCAGUGGCGUCGCACGACAUGACGAUUUCCUCGAGGCGGAAAAAUCUUGCACAGUGGAGAAGCUUAGAAAAACGAUGGGGAAUCAAUUGGGUUUACAACUGCAUGACCGAGCAAGAUCUGGUACCCAUAUCCCAGGUUCUCGAUCUCAAGCGCAUGCGUAACACAGUAAACGUUUACGAAGUAAAAACAAAUCACAAAGAGUUCUCAGCGACAUUUUCGAAUUUGAAAUGGCAUCGUGUUUGUCACUCAGAUGCUUUAGGCUUCUGGGUUGAUGCUAUUCCCGCGGGAAACAAGAAUUUGACCCGAGGGAUUGAAUUUGUCUCUAACAACAGUUCGAGAAGCGUUCGGGCGUGCCCGCGGGAGAUGAAAAGACACGUGCGCGCGCACAAGCCCAUAAUUCGUGGAAUUUUAAGUGAGCUUCAAAAUGUAGAAGCCGAUAUUAUCUACUUGUCUCAGGACACGAGUUACAAGGCAAAUGUUCGGUUUUUCCACAGAGAGAAUGCUAUCUUAGCGCAGCGCUGGAUUCUCAAUAGCGUGAGGUUUUCACCAAAGAUUUACGAGAAUGCGCUCCAAAUUUUAUCUAUACUCCCGCGCCCUUUUAACGCCAUACACGUCAGAAGAACUGACCACAAGAUUAGCGCGAACAUGGCGCCAUCUUACUGGCUGCAGAACAUGGCGCGCCUAGAAUUCCGCAAUGUCUCUUCGGCUCUGUAUGUCGCCACAGACGAGCCAGAUAAAAACUGGUUCGAGCCGUUCCAGCAAGCGGGCUAUCAACUGUAUUUCUCAGACGAGUUUUUCAAGCCGACGGAGCGUUCUUUCGACAUGGACAUCAAAGGACUACACGAUCAAGUGAUUUGUAUUCACGCCAAGUUGUUCGUUGGCUCCAAGAGCUCGAGUUUCAGUGGUUUUAUAUACCGCUCCAGGGGUGAAGUUAUGAGGAAAGAUGGUUUGAUUCUUGGUCAUAUGCCCGUCGGCUGGUUAGGUCAUAAACUGAAGCGGGAAAACUGAGGAUUAGAGUCAACCUCGUUUGCAAGGUCUAACUUCUUCCCAACCUCGUCCCAGGGCCAGGGCCUUUCUCCACUUUGAAAAUCGUCGAGGAGAAGGCCCUGGGGACUAGGCUGAACGUCUUCCCUCUCCCUGGAGAAAGAAGGGAAGCACUGGAAACAAACUGAAAUUUGAGUGGGAUGAAGAAUACGUACUGGGCACGUUACACACAGAAGACAUUUUACGUUUUAUCACAGCAGCAGGACUAGCUCAAGGUCAACUCUAUUCUGGUUUCAGCAGAGCACGUUUCACAUUAGAAAACCACGGCUGGUGAUAUGUAUUUUCUCACCUUGUUUAUAUAUAUCUUUCUGGUAAACUUCGCUAUAUUAAAAAUAUAGCAAAUUAGAAAAUACGCGAGAUUCUAUGCGCGCUCUCAUUGGUUGAUAGGUGUGUUUAGAUGAGAGUAUGUAA